AUGGAGCUGGUCCAGCUGGCGGCGCAGAUGGUCGGCAGCCUGAAGUCUGAGGAGAUGAGGACCAAGGUUUUGGAGGGCGUCUUUGAGCGGCUGAGGGACCCCGACGAGAAGGUGCGCAUCGCCGCUUGCAAGGCCGCCUGCGCCGUCGCCUCGGCGCACCCGGCCCUCGUGGCCGACAGCGCCGCCGCGGCGGGUGGCGGCCCCAUCCAUCUGGAGGAGGUCAGCGUCAGGAUGCGCGACCUGCGGCCGGCGGUGCGGCGCGCGGCGGUGGUCGGGCUCAUGGCGCUGUUCAGGGGCCGCGUCAGCAAGGGCGGCCUGGCCGGCGGCAAGGGCGUGUACUGGAUCCCCGCGCGCGCCAUCAUGUGCGCGUGCGCCGACGCGCCGCUGCGGCAGGAGCUUGAGACCGCGGUGUGGCGGGACGGGCUGCUGGGGCCGUCGGCGGCGCCGGGGCUGGUGGCGCAGGUGUGGGUCGAGGUGUGGCGCCAGGCGGCCCCCCACGAGGUCAGCAAGGUGGUGGUCCUGCUCGAGGCCAAGGCGCUGCUGCAGUUCGAGGCCCUGUCGUUUUUGGAGUGCCGCCGCCUGCUGGCUGGCACAGAGGGUGACCAGCGCGCGGGCCUGCAGGCCAAGAUGGACGCCGCGGCGCGCAAGCUGGCGAAGCGGCUGCCGGACCCAUUCAAGGCUGAGCAGCAGCUCGCGGCGCUGAGGGAUGUGCGGGACAACAGGGUGGCGGCCAGCCUGCUGGCGGCGCUGGCGCUGGGCGCCAAGAGCGAGGCGGCGGCACGCGCGCGCUCUGACGCGCUGCAGCGCGUGAAUUCAAAGAGCCCCCUUGCGGACUUCCUGCGCCUGCUGCUCGCGUACGCGCAGCCCAGCCUGCUGCCCCAGGAGGCCGCGGGCGCCCUGCUCGACCUGGCGGCUGGCGUGGUGCCGAAAAGCGGGCACGCGGCGGGCCGCAUUGGCCGGGGCGGCGACGUGGAGGGGAGGGAUGAUGCAGAGGGUGAGGAGGACGAGGAAAAGGAGGGCAGCGGCGGCAGCGGGGAGGACGUGGAGGAUGAGGAGGGCGCGGGCGCACGGGGCGGCAAGCGGCGCCGGCGUGGCGCCGGCGCGCGGGCGGGCGCGCGGAAGCAGCGCAAGGUGGAGGCGACGGGCGGCGCACAGGAGGGCGACGGGGAGGGCAGUGCGGUGGCGCCCGAGGUGGCAGAGGCCGCGCGGGCCGUCUGCCGGCAGGUGUCAAAGUCGGCCGGCGGCCUGUUUGCGGGGCAGACCGAGCGGCUGAGCGCCAUGCUGGCCGGCGGCGCCCGAGACGGCGGCGGAGACAAGGGUUCUGGCGAGGAGGAGGAGGGCGCCGCGCGGGGGGAGCUGCGGGCGCUCGCCGCGCAGCUGCUGUCGCGCUGGGCGCGCGUUGCGGCUGGCCUGUCGCCGAGCUGCGCCGCUGCGGGCGCCGCCUCGGCGCAGCCGGCGGCCGGCUCAGGCGCCGGCGAGCGGCCGCUCCGGCAGGGCAGGGGCGCGGCGGCGGCGGCGGCGGAGGGCGCUCCGCUGGCUGAGGGCGGCGCGGCGCUCGAGCCGCUGAGGGCGGCGCUGCUGCGGGUGGCGUCCGAGGGACCGCCAAAGGCCGCGCGGCACGCCGUGGCGGCACUCCACUUUCUGUACGGCGCAGCCAUUCACCAGGAGCUCGGGUCGCUCUGCGGCCGCCUGGCGCGCGGCCUGACGCCCAAGCGCGCGGGCGACGCACUCGCGCUGGCGCACGUGCACGCGCUCUCCGCCAUCGGCCAGUACAUCCCAGACGCCCUCGCGCCCCACUCGGAGGCCCUAAGCGAAUUCGUCACAAACCGCCUGCUCGGCGCCUACAUCUCCCACCCGGGCAACGGCGGCGGCGGCGGCGCAGAAUUGUCUGUGGCGGAGCCCGGCUUCGAGGUGGCGGCGAAGUGCGGCGCGAUACGCGCUCUGGCGCGCGCGCUGACGCCCGAGAUCGACGGAGACGAGGUGCGCGUGGAGACUAUCCGGGCGACCUGCGCCUUCAUCGACGAGCUGCAGCGGCUGCUGGAUGUGGAGGCGCCGCCCGAGUGGCUGCCCGCCCACGCCGCGCCCGAGCAGGAGGGCGCCGUGCGGCUGGCCGCGGCGCGCGCCGUGCUGCGGCUGGUGCGGCGCCACGACGUGCGGCUGCCGCAGCCGGCGUACUGCCUGGCGGCGCUGACGAUGCAGGAUCCGGUGGUUGACGUGCGGCGCCUGUUUGCGGCUAAGCUGGCUGCCGCCAUCCACUACUUUAACGUGCGGCCCCGCUACCACCAACUGUCAGCCAAGCUCGCCGCCAUGAUGGCGCUCGGCGCGGCCGACCCCGUCCCGCAGCACAAGCGCGCUGCGGCCGGCGCGCUGCGCGACUGGGCGCGGGCGCGGCGGGCGGCGGCGCAGAGGCUCAUCACGGCGGCGGCGGCGGACCGCGCAGCCGACGGCGGCAGCACCAUGCAGGAGCAGCCCGAGAUGGCCGUGCCCUACCUCAUCCACCUCCUGGCUCACCACCCCGACAUGCCUGUGGUGCGCAGCAACACUCGAUGCCCCCUGAGGGAGCCCAUCCUUCCGCAGAGCGGCCAGCCGUCCGCCUCACUCCGCGAAUAG